AGAGUUUGAAUUGAAAGAAGAAAAAAAAAAAAAAAUUUAAACAGCUCCUCCAAAUUCUAAAUUCUUGCUCUCAUUUUGCGCUUCUUUUCUUCUUCUUCUUCUCUACUCCAAGUAUUUCUACUCGCACUGCCGCCGUAUCUGAACCGUUGAUUUUCUCUUCACUUCCUUCUUCAUCUUUCUCUAACAAGGGAUACAAAAAUGAUAGGAUCCUUUAUUACCAGGAUACUUGUAAUGAUUUUUGGCUAUGCCUACCCAGCUUAUGAAUGCUAUAAAGCAGUUGAAAUGAAUAGGCCUGAAAUUGAACAGCUACGCUUUUGGUGCCAGUAUUGGAUUUUGGUUGCUCUUUUGACAGUGUGUGAGCGGAUUGGCGAUACGUUUAUAUCAUGGGUUCCGAUGUAUAGUGAAGCUAAGUUGGCAUUUUUUAUAUAUCUUUGGUACCCGAAAACUAAGGGAACAACAUAUGUGUAUGAUUCUUUCUUUAGACCAUAUGUUGCGAAACAUGAGACAGAUAUCGAUCGCAACUUGAUGGAACUAAGAACACGGGCAGGAGAUAUUGCAGUUACGUAUUGGCAAAAGGCUGCUAGUUAUGGCCAGACUAGAGUUUUUGACAUUUUGCAGUAUGUUGCUGCUCAAUCAGCUCCACCAUCGGCUCCCCCUGCACAGCGUCGACCGGGUGUGAGGGGCCGCCAACCAGCAGCCAGCAAUGCUCCUGCAACAGCACCACCAGCUGAGGGUCCAACUCCUGCUACUUCUAGCUCAUCUUCAAGUCAGCACCAGAAGGAAGUAGCAGAGGAGUUAAGUUCUUCACAAGUACCUAAAGCACCCUCCUCUUUAAAUGGUCUAAAUAUUCAGAAGAAUAAUUCUGCAUCCGAAUCUGGCAACCAAUCUGCACCUGUAGAGGCAGAGCCAAUGCAGAUUGAAACAGCACUGCCUUCAUCCUCUUCUCUAAAUGAAAACCCUCCUUCGAAGGAAACAGUAAUGGAGGAGAGCAUUAGGGUCACACGAGGCAGACUAAGAAAAAAUAGAUCAUUAGGAACUCAGUAGGGCUUCUAAUUUCGAUUUUUAGUCUGAAAAAUGGAAUGGGUGGGUGAACUACAAUGGGCGUUGAAUUGAUGUAGAACAAUACAGUAUUAUAUGCAAGUUGACUCAAUUUCCAUUCAA